AUGGGAUUCGGAGAUGCAAGUGCCAAAGACAAGAAGGCGGCCGCGGCAAAGGCAAAGGACGAGGCCGCAAAGGCUGCAGCCGAAGACGCGGCGUGGGCUGAAACUGACAAAGGCAACCUGAAGAAGGCGGCCAGGGCUGCCGACGCCGCCGCGAAGGCAGAUGCCAAGCUUGCAGCAAAAGCAGAGCUCAAAGAGAUGGAGAAAGCGGAGGAGGAGGCCAACACCAGCAUGAAGGGGGCCAACAAGAAAGCAGGCGGCUACGGCAAGGUGACACAAGCCGAGAUCGCCAGAAGACAGGCCGUGGCGGUGCUGCUGGACAACAAGCGCAGUAGAGCCUUGAUGGCAGUCGCUGCCAAGGCGAACCCCAAGAAGCAAACUAAGAAAACGGAGGUUGUACCUCAGCCUAAGCUGGAGGUGAACACCAACCGCAUAGAGGAGCUAACAAUUUGGGUGCAGCUGGGACAGGGCAUUUUGCAGCGGUCUUUCGGUGACUUCUGCACUAAGCUGAUGCCAAGCCAUGCCAAGCUGACGCUGCGUCGUUUCAAGUUGUCUGUUGAUUUUUGGGAGUUUGGGUUUGGGCAGAUGACGUCUUGCAAGGAGGCCAGCGGCAUUGACGCAGCCCUGAGCGCGUUGGACGUUGGUGGCGAGAAGAAAUCCAAGAUGCAACCUGGCCGAUGCGCGGUUAUUGGACAGUUUGUGUUUUCAGGCGCCAUCUUUCGUGAAGCUGCUUGCGGGGGGUGGGGCUUUGAGCUGCACACAAGCAUGCUGGAGCUAAUGGGUGCCCGCCAGCCGCCAGCUAACUGGGCAAUUGCGGUCAUCUUAGAGUUCGAAGCAAGAGAGCUUGAGAACAUCAAGCAGGAGCGAUGCUUCAAGAUGUGGGAGCGCUCACCGGAGAAUCCCAAAAACCAGGAAAAGUGA